GUUAAACGUGGUCUAUUUAACUUUGAUCAUUAGACGAUACAGAUGAAAUAUAAUGUACAGUUAAUAAGUGAGGCUGUUUUCAUUUCUUUUUUCCACGCGCAGGAAGUCCGGGUUGCGGCGCCGGUCUCGAGCGGACGUGGUUGCGCGUCUGCACAGUUGAAUAACGUCGCUGUAAUCAGCUCUUCACGGGGUUUUGGGGGGUAAACAGACUCAAAGAGAAAACGUGAGAGCUAUGGGAUUGCAUUUGUUCAGAUAACACAACGUAGCAGCGGAACAGAUACUAUGUCUGCGUUGUUGUUGUUGUUUCAGCAUCGUACUGGUCUCUGUAGGAAAUACAGCCCGGGUUUAUUGUGGACACUGUCCAGACAACACUGUCGUUCAUCAACAAACAAGCCAACAUCCAGUGAUCAUGUUCAACACAUGUUCAGAGGCCACAGUGUCAGAAAGACGCUGCUUUAUGAAUCAGAGGGGGCAUUUAAAAGUCAGCCGGAGAAACUCCUCCAGAGUCUCCUCCACAGACCCUUGGGUCCUGGCAUGUUGGGAAUUAGCAAAGAGUUGAUCAGGAACAACCUGCUGAGGAACCCUGUUGGUUUGGUAAAUCUAUUAGGGUCAAUAAACUUCUUCAGUACAUCUCAAUCCAAACAAGAGAAAAAGAAAAGUAAUGAACAAAAGGGAAAAACUCCAGAGGAAGAUGAAGAGGAGAAGAAGCGUCGCGAGCAGGAGGACCAGAUGUACCGGGAGCGCCUGCGGACCCUCUUAAUCUUAGCGCUCGUCAUGAGCCUGCUGAACUCCAUUAACACCAGCGGUGGAAACAUCUCUUGGAAUGACUUUGUCAACGAGAUGCUGGCCAAGGGCGAGGUAUCACGUGUGCAGGUCGUUCCUGAGAGUGACAUUGUAGAAAUCUACCUUCAUCCUGGAGCAGUCAUCUUUGGAAGGCCUAGGCUGGCACUCAUGUACAGAAUGCAGGUAGCCAACAUUGACAAAUUUGAGGAGAAGCUGAGAGCUGCUGAAGAAGAGCUGAGUAUCGACGGCAAGGACAGGAUACAGGUGUCCUACAAACGCACUGGAUUCUUUGGGAAUGCACUCUAUGCUCUGGGGAUGGCUGCUAUUGGCGUGGCUAUUCUCUGGUACAUCUUCCGACUAGCAGGCAUGGGUGGCAAAGAAGGCGGCUUCAGUGCUUUUAACCAGCUGAAGAUGGCCAAGUUCACCAUUGUGGACGGCAAGUCCGGUAAAGGUGUGAGUUUCAAAGAUGUGGCGGGCAUGCAUGAGGCUAAGAUUGAAGUAAAGGAAUUUGUGGACUACCUCAAGAAUCCAGAACGGUACCUACUGCUUGGAGCCAAGGUUCCCAAGGGUUCAUUGCUGCUCGGGCCUCCAGGCUGUGGGAAGACGCUGCUGGCUAAGGCUGUAGCCACCGAGGCCCAAGUUCCCUUUCUGGCUAUUGCCGGCUCUGAGUUUGUGGAGGUCAUUGGAGGCCUGGGUGCUGCGAGGGUCCGGAGUCUGUUCAAGGAGGCUCGAAGCAGAGCACCCUGCAUCGUCUACAUCGAUGAGAUCGACGCCGUGGGAAAGAAGCGCUCCACCAACAUGUCCAAUUUCUCCAACACUGAAGAGGAGCAGACCCUCAACCAGCUGCUGGUGGAGAUGGAUGGAAUGGGAACAACGGACCACGUCAUUGUCCUCGCCUCCACUAACAGAGCAGAUAUCUUAGACAAUGCUCUCAUGAGACCGGGCAGACUGGACAGACACAUCUUCAUAGAUCUGCCCACUCUGCAGGAGAGGAAGGAGAUCUUUGAGCAACAUCUGAAGAUCUUGAAGCUGAACCAACCGCCGGAUUUCUACUCUCUGCGUCUGGCUGAGCUCUCCCCGGGCUUCAGUGGUGCAGAUAUAGCUAACAUCUGUAACGAAGCGGCCCUGCACGCUGCCAGAGAGGGGCACAAGUCCAUCGAUACCUUCAACUUUGAGUACGCAGUGGAGAGAGUCAUCGCAGGGAGUGUAAAGAAGAAUAAGAUCCUGUCCAAAGAGGAGCAGAGGGUGGUCGCCUUCCACGAGUCUGGACACGCCUUAGUGGGAUGGCUUCUGGAGCACACAGAGGCAGUCAUGAAGGUGUCCAUCGCCCCGCGGACUAAUGCCGCCCUGGGAUUCGCCCAGAUGUUACCUCGUGACCAGUAUCUGUUCACUAAGGAGCAGCUGUUUGAGCGGAUGUGUAUGGCGCUGGGAGGAAGAGCUGCUGAGGCGAUCACCUUUAACAGGGUUACAACAGGAGCUCAGGAUGACUUGCGUAAGGUGACACGUGUGGCCUACUCCAUGGUGAAGCAGUACGGCAUGUGUGACAGUGUCGGCCAGGUCUCCUUCCCAGAGACAGAGCAGCAGGGAGCCAUCGGACGCCGUCCCUUCAGCCAGGGCCUGCAGCAGCAGAUGGACCACGAGGCUAAGAUGUUGAUAGCGCGUGCUUACAGGCACACAGAGAAGCUGCUGCUGGACAACAGAGACAAGCUCACACUGAUGGCCAACGCGCUGUUGGAACGAGAGGUGGUGAACUACGAUGACAUUGAAGCUUUGCUGGGUCCAUCCCCCCACGGGCCAAAGAAGUUGAUCCACCCACAGAGCUGGUUGGAGGCCGAGAGGGACAAACAGGACACAGGAGAGGACGAACCUCAACCACCUCCCCGUAAACACGGAGAAGACGACGCGAAUCCACAGCUGCUCUGAUCUUAAAAUGAGUGUCUUAAAGUUCUUCUCAGACUGACGCAUUUUGUGGGGGUCAUCAGUCGCUGGGUGCAUUUAAGAAAACCCGGCUUUGAUUCCUCACUUUGAAGCUUUAUAGGCCCGAAAGUGACAUUAUCAGUGUUUCCAUGCGGAUGUUUUGUGCAAAUGCACUUGUUUUCAAGUUAGCUGAGCUGACCCAGUAAUCUGAAACAGGCCUAAAUAACCCAGUGCAACUUUAAAAAUGAUAACUGUGGGAGGAAUUCCAUCAUUUUUCUUGUGCGUUUGCUGCACCGCCAUAUUAUGAUUCCAUGGAAGCAAUAGAAACAGGUCUGUUUAAUCAGGAUGUCGCUAACUAUUUACUGUAUGGGCAAUCAACAUUUACAUGCUCUGUCUUAGAAUUCCCAGACACUGUGUACUAAUACCUGAAAAAUGACGUGAGAUCAUUUUUAUGCAAACAUAUCUGCAGCAUAUACAGGUUUGGAUUGAAGUAUUACUUUUUGAGAAUUUAUUUCACAUCUGUAAAUUAAAUAGAGCAACUGCUAGAUAUUUAUAUAUAAGUCACGUCCUUCUGAACUGAAAAGUUGACUUUAUGGGUGAUUUCUUUGUCAGGGAUGACAAACACCAAAUACGUUGGCAUUCAUUCAGGGUACAUAAACAUUAAGAUCUUCAUUAUUGUUUGUAUUCAAUAGAGCUACAAGAAUGAGUUUAAACAGAUUGAUGUGGACAUUUAUACCAUUGUUAUGUUUUUGUUUUUUUUGAAGCUGCAGAUAUAACUCCACACUCUGGUCAAUCUCUGACCAUGAGACAUACAGAUUAAGUUAAUAGGUUGAAGUACUGUUUUCUUUAAGUCGUUUGGACUGCAUUGGUUUGAUUGCAACAAGUAACUAAGUCCCAACAGAUGGUGUUGCUGCAUAUAAAUAUUUAAAUAAAGUUUUUAAAUAUUA